AUGCGACACCACUACCGAUAGGAGCGGAUCAGUAUCGCAAAAGCCUAGACGUGGAGGAGACAACCCGGCCCCCUUCAGGGAAGAAAACACAGGCAGGAAGAAUUAGCAGAGCUUAUGAAGAGUGUGCGGGAUGAAGGAGAGACGUAGAAUUAAUCAAGAGAGCCGGACAAAGAGACAGGACAUACAGACAGGAUGGGAACGAUUAAGUGCAGGCCAUGACGGCAGCACAUUCUGUAGUUCAUUGGGUUUCCGAAAUUUAGGCACUGGAAUGCCCAGGUUAGCUUGGUUUCGUUGAGUCGGGCAGGUUGUGCCUGCCAUUUGGCUGGAUACAUCAAUCGAUCCAACGCAGCUAACACAGUAGCAGUAGCGAGACGAAGACCUGACUUGGAAGACAAGGCGGCAGGAAGGUAAGAGAGAGAGAGAGAGAGAGACGCGGGGGGGACAGGAGAAGUGGUGCGACAUCCGAGCGCUGCCAGAGCGAAUGCGAAGCUGAAAGGCAAGCUUAUUCUGUUCCUCAGGCUGUUCAUGCCUGCGGUAUAGUGAAGAGAUGGGCAAGUCUUCAAAGGACAAGCGUGACAUCUAUUAUCGCAAGGCAAAGGAACAAGGAUGGCGUGCUCGUAGUGCAUUCAAGCUUUUGCAAAUCGAUGAGGAAUUUGGAAUACUAAGAGAUGUGAAGCGCGUGGUCGAUUUGUGUGCUGCCCCAGGCAGUUGGAGUCAGGUGCUGAGUAGGAAGGUGUACUUGCCAGCCAAGGUAGAGACGAGUGAAAGGGAUGGCGACUUGCCCUUGAUAGUGGCAAUCGAUUUACAACCUAUGGCACCAAUCGAAGGAGUUAUCCAGGUCCAAGGGGACAUCACAAGUGCCCGUACAGCCGAGUUGGUCAUUCAGCACUUCGAUGGAUGCAAAGCCGACUUGGUAGUUUGUGACGGUGCUCCUGAUGUUACUGGUCUUCAUGACAUGGACGAGUUUGUACAAUCACAACUCAUAUUAGCGGCUUUGACUAUUACUACAAAUGUACUGCGUGAGGGUGGUAACUUUGUCGCGAAAAUCUUCAGGGGGAAGGAUAUAAGUCUUCUGUAUUCUCAGCUGAAAAUGUUCUUCCCUACUGUUACAUGUGCCAAGCCGAAAAGUAGUCGAAAUUCAAGUAUCGAGGCGUUCGUCGUUUGUGAAGGGUUUUGUCCUCCCAAGGACUUCAACCCCAAGAGUCUACAGAAGUUGCUUGAAAAUCCUAGCAGUCAAGCUGAUGAUCUGGAUUGUUGUAGUUCAUGGCUUGAAGGUUCGAACAAACUCAUCAUUCCAUUCUUGGCUUGCGGGGACCUCAGCGGUUGGGAUGCAGAUCAGUCUUAUCCUAUUGAUUCCUCGGCAGGCACACUGGCUCCUGUACAGCCACCUAUAGCACCGCCUUAUAAAACUGCUCUAAAUCUUGUCAAGCACUGUGUAAAAGUUUCAUAAUAAAAGAAAUCUUGAUUCUAGGUUAUGCUUGUAAUUUAAUGAACAAAUCAUUCGCCGGUCAGUAAUUAUAUGAUUCUUACCCACACGUGUCCAUAUUAGUAGUGUCAACUAAGUUUUGCAAGUUAUUUCAAUCGAGAAAAUCGAUGAAUCAACCCAUGUCAAUCACCCAAUAUAUAUCAACCGUGAGUACCGA